UAUUUUCGCAGAUAAAGGGCUUUUCAAGCAGAAAUCAGUGAUGGAUAGUAAAUAUCAAGCAAGUAAUGUUGAUAAUAUGGACUCUGAGCAAGCCAAUAGGUUUAGAAGCAGAGGAUUUAAUAACCGCCAGAAGAGUCUUGAUGAUAUGUUUGGAUUCAAGAAAACAAGGAAACCAUCUCCCCCAAAAACAGCUGAGGCUUCGAGGAAAAAGAAAAUACAAUUCUCACAGCCAAAAGCAACUUAUAGAUGGAACAAGAAUGCAGUGAAGAAGAAAUCAGCUGAGGCUAGUUCCCAGAAGAAGGAAGAAGAGGUUCAAGAAUGAGUCUAUGGGUCUAAAUCUCAGAAGACUUUGACCAUGUACCCUACAGGAGAGAUAGCUGAUAGUGAAAAUAUUGAGAAAAGAAUUGUUUUUGAGCUUGUUAGUGACCACGAUUGAGCAGUAAAAUUCUACAACUAUUUCACUGAACAAGCUAAAGAAAUUAUUAAAUAAAGUCAAAAGAUCCCGAUUUGACAAUGAUGAACACUGUUGGGUAUUCCCAAAAGAACAGUACAUGUACCUCAAAGAUGAGCUAAGGUCGAUUGUUGGUUCAGAUGUAAAGAUUUCUCUGAUACCUGAGUUCAUAUCCCGUCUGAUCAAAUUCCCUACCCCUUACCCAAACAUUACGAGAGAAAGCUACAACUAUAGCAUUGAUAAAGUAAACAAAUAUUCACUAGAUAAUUUGCCUGAAAGCUUACUGAAAAAGCUCCUAAACUUUCAAAAACAUGGAGUAGAAUACUGUAUCAGAAAGUGUGGAAGAGCCAUCAUUGGUGAUGAAAUGGGCGUCGGGAAGACAAUCCAAGCAAUAGCCACAGCAUAUGUAUACAAAGAGGACUGGCCUGUCCUGGUUAUCUGCCCUUCAUCAUUAAAGCAUAUAUGGAAAUAUGAGAUCCUCAAGUGGCUUUCUAGUGAGAUAAAAGAAGAGGAAAUUCAAGUUUUUGAGACUGGAAAAGACGACUUCGAUAAAUCUCGGAAAAUCUUUAUAUUUUCAUAUGAGCUAGCAACAAGGAUGAGCGAGAAGAUUGAUAAAAUGGAGUUCAAGGUUGUCAUAAUCGAUGAAGCUCAUUAUCUAAAAAGCCGAGAUGCCAAAAGAUGCAGAAUGUUGCUUCCUAUUAUUACUGAGGCGAAAAGAAUUCUAUUUCUAACUGGAACACCAAUUUUAUCACGCCCGAUUGAACUUUUCAACCUUGUAAAAGCUCUCAGACCUGACAUGAUCAGACAGUUUCUUGAUUAUGCCUAUAGAUAUUGUAAUCCAAGAGAAAAUAAAUUUGGAACAGAUUUCACUGGAGCUUCCUGCAUGAAAGAGCUCCACUACAUUCUGGAGAAAAGCUUUAUGAUUCGAAGGCUUAAAUAAAGAAGUGCUAUCAGAGCUCCCAGACAAGAGAAGACAAUUAGUAGAUAUUACAGUUGAUAAGAAGAUGCAGGACAAGAUCAAAAAUGUCUUAACUGAGCAGUUAAGAGAUUUGCAGAUGAGGUCGGAAGAUCCUCAAAAAUUCCUCGAAGAGAAGUUCGACCAAUACAAUGAAGGAGAUAAAGAAGCUGAUUUUGAAGAUACUGUUAAUGACCUUGGGCAUUAUUUUACCCAAGCUUAUCAACUAACCGGGGAAGCAAAGACAAAAGGAAUCCUAGAUUUUGUCACUACUAUGAUUGAAAGCGACACUAAAUUUCUGAUCUUUGCUCAUCAUAUUUCAGUCAUGGAUGCCAUCGAAACUUUCUUGUACAAAAGAAAGGUAAAAUCUAUCAGAAUUGAUGGAAAGACAAAGCAGAAUUUACGACAUAAACUUGUUGAAAAGUUUCAAAAUGACGAGAAAAUUAAAGUAGCUAUCCUUUCUAUAACUGCUUGUUCUCAUGGUCUCACUCUCACUGCCUCCUGCACUGUAGUAUUUGCUGAGUUAUUCUGGACACCAGGAGUAAUGAUCCAAGCUGAAGACAGAGUACACAGAAUUGGUCAAGCCAAUUCAGUUUCAAUAUAUUACUUAUUUGGUGAGGACACUCUUGACCAAAUAAUGCUUGACAUGAUUCUCUCAAAAUCUGAAAUCAUUGCAAGCACACUGGAUGGAGUCAAAAACAGUGAGUUUUGAAUCGGCACCAACAAGAACAAAAGGAAUUUCAGUAUGAUGAAGCACUUAGCUAAAUUCUGUAACCUCGAAGAAGACUUUUCCAAUUCUCCUGAAUCUUCAAGAUUUGACUCAAUCCAAUGAGAGUCGAAAGUCAAUGACGAUGAGUUCCAAGAAAUCUUGGAAUCAUCGAAAAAUAAAACCAGGAAGAAAACUGAUAUCUAUGAAGAGUUUUCAAUAGCAUUUGAAACCCCUGACCCAUCUACCCAGAAGAAAAGAGUGAGAAAGCAGAUGGAAAAAGAGGAGCCAAAUGGAUUAACUGAGCGGGACUACCUAAAUUUCAUGGUUUCCAACCAAGCCAAAGUUUUGCAGGAAGCAUCACAGAAUAUUUCUAGUAGUAGGAAAUUUAACAAGAUUGCCAAAGAGAUUAAGAAGAAGCAGAAGAGCAAAAAGAAAAGCGAGUUCAUUCAGGAUGAUGACUCAGAAGCAGACGAAAUGUUUGAUCUCUAUCUAGACCAGAUCCGAGAAGCUAAUAGAGCAAAAAUUGAAGGCGUUCCCUCAGUCCCAAAGAAAAGAAAGAAACACACAUCUGAGAUUGAAAGGGUAGGGUUUUUAAAUGAUGCUAAGGACAGAGAGAAUCAAUUAAAUAUGACCAGUUUUGAGAAGAAAAAGAGAGGAAGAAAAUCUAGAAAGAAGAAAGAAUCUCUCCCAGAAGAGGAAGAAUUUGUAGACGUCUAA